CGGGCUUUGAAAGAAAAUGGCGGAGGUUCAGAAUGAAGUAUUCGAGCGGCAUGAUGAUAGCAGCAUUAACACUAAGGUCUCUGAGGUUUCUCAUGGGAUCAAACGGCCACAUGACAGUAACCACAUCUCGGGACCUCCUCAGAAGUCUCCUUGCACAUCUCCUGCUCCUGCAGUAAUGCAGACUUUAGGAGAGGAGCAUCAGUCAAAGGAUCCAAAGUUGAGCUGUGAAGAGGACGGCGUGAGGGAAUCUAUAAUUAUGGAACCUGCUCCAGAACCAAGUUCACGGAGGAAAUCCUGGAGGAGAUCAUCCAGGGGCCGGCGCUCUCUUCCAACAUUCCAGAGCACCUCUAAGCUCCUGUGUGAAUCUGUCAGCCUCUCUCUGUCUGAUAAUGAGAGACUUGAUAUGCUUAUGAAAGCUGCAAUGCAGAAUACAGUGAAGAGGGUCAAAAACAGUUUAUACACUAUUCCUGGUAUAGAUAUAGAGACACUUCAGACGCAAGUUGAAUCCUUGCAUGAACAGUGGGACACUGCGGCUAAAGAGAUUAGCAGAGAAACUCAGAAUUCACUCCCAAGUGUUGACAGUGACCCUGCUGUUAAAGAGAUUACAUCACGCAUUCAGGACGACAUAAACAGGUUACAGGCUGAAACUAUUUCCUGGGAGUCCCUUCUAAACAAACACCGGACCAAAGCUGAUGAACUAGACAAGUGUGUGGAGCGUGGAGAAGAGAAAGCAGUGCCGCUGGACCAGUCCUGCCUUGCCAAAUCUUCACAGAGUCAACUAAUUCAGAGUAAACCUGACUACAAGGCAGUGCUGAUGAGACAACAGAAAGUGCUAAGAAACAUGGAGUUAGUGAUGGACUCUAAGUGUUGUAUCAUGAGGGAGCUCUUGUCUUUCCAUGAAAACUCUCAGCUUUUGCUAAAGGAAACCAGUGCCAGAAUGGUUUCCAGGGCUGGAUUCCAAAAUAUCCCCUCAUCCCCAGUUAGACAGCUGAUUAAAGGACCCGUAUCUAGCGUCCCAUCCUAGUGUACAGUGAUGUCAUCUCAGAAGACAAAUUUUAUAUGCAUUUUGCUGUAACAUUUGUUCUUUCGUCUCUGAAUAUCAUUGUAAACAUUUUUUCUGCUUCAGUAGUUAUAAGAAAUGACAAACAUUUUACUGGUUGUAUUUUUUAAAUGUUGUGUUUGAACAGUUGUAGGAGUAGUAUGCAGUUUUUAACUUUUAAACAAGACACAUAUGAACACUAGAUGGCAGUCUAGUUAUUCAACGCUCCUUCACCUGUGUACUUUUAACUUUUGUAUAGUGCUUUGUAAUAUUUUAGUAGUUCUAAAUACAAUUAAAUUCCUGCAGAUUUACUUAAUACAGAGUAGCUUUAUUACUCGUUUGCAAAAGAAUUUCUGUUGUGAGCCCCCGACUGCGUUUAACUGGUCCUUAUUGGCCAGGGUUAACAUUCAUUGAUUUGUGUCUGUUUUUUCUUUGGCCGGAUGAUAAAAUGAUUGAAUGAACUGGUGUCUUGUUUCCCGGGCAAAUAUCGAGAAAGUAUUUAUGUUUUACGUCACGGUUAUUAGCUUAAAGAAAAGACGGUGGCCUUUGGGCUUCAGUCAUGAGCUCAUUGAGUGCCUUUUAGCCUCUAUUAUGUUUAUUCCUGUGCGUCCUGUGACCAUUCUAUGGGCUUGACCCCUUCCCCCCACACUUCCAUCUCUUGUUCUCUGUAAUGCGGGACUGCUGAGCGAGAUGAAAGCUCACAGGAUUUUCCCAAUGAUUUCUCCACUUCAGCGUUCAAUCUGUUUAGAUCACAUUUCCAUGCCCUCAAGACUAAACAUGUCCUUCUCUGAACUCUCAAGCCAAUAAUAUUUGAGAUAGAACAAAGCAGUUCACUCGGAGUAGUUGGUCCACUGUGAUCAAAAAGAUUGAAGACAGACGUUUUAAGGUUCUCAAGUAGCGUGGGCCAUGAGGAAACCUUUAACUCUUCAGAUCUCGUAAGCCGUUUUGGUUGUUUCUCUAGAAAUGAGGUCAUUUUUCCCUCUUUUUUGCUUGAAGGCUGACGAGACCCGGCUUGUAUUUAGUGUUCUCUGUUAAUGUAGGGAUGGAGGUGGUGUAGCAGGAGAGUGGGGUUAAGAGUUAGAAGCACUGGGGGUGGCACAGCAAGAGAGAUCGAUUCUUAUUUAGAUGAAAAUGAGGCUAUGCGCUUGUGGGCUGAGGGUGCAUCUGCCUCAAACUGAUUUAAAAAGAAUACCUAUUCAGUGUCGAGAGGAGAAAAAAAACUAUUCUCAUGGUGGCAAAUACUUUUAAAUUAAACGUCAAUUGACAAUGAUUAAUCUAUGUAUGUGAUACUGCGUAAGUAUAGAGUUUUAUUUUAUGAGAAAAAUCGUAUCUUCCCUUUUCGCUGGACAUAUUACAUUAUGCUCUACUUUUUCAUUUACUGUCAGGAUACUGAAACCCGUGUGGUUAUAUAUAUGUUUAUAUCGUUUUGAUGUGUGUAAUAAACAGAAAGAGAUCCUUAUUAAAUAUAUUCA